GUUAUUGGCAAGACUACCCUCCAAUGUUAUUAUCCUAAAAUCGGUUAACCCUCUCUUCUCCUCUUUAGCCGCCCAUAUCCUUCUCAGUGGCUGCUCUUCUACUCAACACACCUCUGAGCUGCAAUUCUCAAUCAUCGAAGUAGAUUUGUUUAUAUAACCCUUUCAUUGUUUUCUAACCAUCCAGCUCCAUCCUCUAUGUUCAUUUGUUUUCACUUGUUAAACCCUAAAAGCAGAAUCACUGUUACCAAAAAUUCUCCUCUCACAAGGCCCCUGAGUUAGAGCGAGUCAUGAACAAUUCGUCUCUCCUGACAUCCCCAUCUUCCUCUAGCCAAUCCCUUCUUAGUCCUCUCCGUCUCACCAUCCCAACAACAAGCCGUCGCCGUUUCCGCGUGUCCAUCCCACGGUGCUCCUCUGAUAAAUCAAGUGAUGAUUCUACUUCAUCUUCUUCCUCUUCAAUCAGUUCCGAUGUUUUUGGAGGGAAGCGAGAGCUUGGUGGAAUACAGCCAUUGGUGGCUAAUCUCUCACCGCCAUUGAGAUUGGCGAGCUCUGCUAUUAUUCUGGCUGGUUCUCUGGCUGCUGGUUAUGCAUUAGGCUUCAGGUUUGGUAAGUCCCAAAAUUUGGCUUUGGGUGCUGCAGCCGCUGUAGGAGGUGCGGGUGCUGCGGCUGUCUUUGCCAUCAAUUCUUCCGUACCGGAAGUUGCAGCCACUGAUUUACAUAACUAUGUGGCUGCCUUGGAUGAUCCCAAAACUGUUAAGAAGGAGGAUAUCCAACAGAUUGCCAAAAGAUACGGUGUAAGCAAGCAGGACGAGGCAUUCAAUGCCGAACUUUGUGAUUUAUACUGUAGGUUUGUGUCAUCUGUUCUCCCUCCAGGAGGUGAAGAUCUUAAAGGGAAUGAAGUUGAAAUAAUAUCCAACUUCAAAAGUGCACUGGGCAUUGAUGACCCAGAUGCUGCCAGUAUGCAUGUAGAGAUUGGUCGGCGGAUUUUCAGGCAAAGGCUUGAAACUGGAGAUCGUGAUGGUGAUGUAGAGCAGCGUCGGGCAUUCCAGAAGUUGAUCUAUGUAUCAACCCUGGUUUUUGGAGAAGCAUCAUCAUUUCUUUUACCUUGGAAGCGUGUUUUCAAAGUUACUGAUUCACAGAUUGAGAUUGCUAUCCGUGAUAAUGCUCAGAGGUUAUAUGCUUCAAAGCUAAAAUCAGUUACCAGAGAUAUUGAUGUGGAGCAGCUUGUUAGUCUCAGGCAACUGCAGCUUCAAUAUCGGCUUUCUGAUGAGCUUGCAGAGGACUUAUUUAGGCAGCAGACAAGAAAAAUAGUUGAGGAAAAUAUAUCAACAGCAUUGGAUAUUCUGAAGUCCAGGACAAGAGCUGUUAAGGGUGUGACGCAAGUUGUGGAAGAGCUUGAAAAGAUACUGGCAUUCAACAAUAAGCUUAUUUCAUUAAAGAACCAUGUUGAUUCAGCUUCCUUUGCUCGUGGGGUUGGAUCAGUUUCAUUAGUAGGUGGCGAGUAUGAUAACGAGAGAAAGAUGGAUGACUUGAAGCUCCUUUACAGAGUAUAUAUAACAGAUGCUUUAUCUAGUGGUCGCAUGACAGAGAAUAAGCUUGCUGCGUUGAAUCAUUUAAGGAAUAUAUUUGGUUUAGGAAAAAGGGAAGCAGAAACUAUUUCACUUGAUGUUACCUCAAAGGCAUAUCGGAAACGACUUGCACAGGCUGUUUCCAGUGGUGAUUUGGAUUUGGCAGACAGCAAAGCUGCCUUCCUACAAAAUCUGUGUGAAGAAUUGCACUUUGAUGCACUGAAGGCAACUGAGAUACAUGAAGAAAUUUACCGGCAAAAGCUCCAGCAAUGUGUGGCUGAUGGAGAGCUGAGUGAAGAGGAUGUUGUUGCUUUGAACCGCUUGCGAGUCAUGCUCUGCAUUCCUCAGCAGACUAUCGAUGCAGCUCAUUCUGAUAUCUGUGGCAGUCUGUUUGAAAAGGUGGUCAAGCAAGCAAUUGCCUCAGGUGUUGAUGGUUAUGAUGCUGAUGUCAAGAUGGCAGUAAGGAAGGCAGCUCAUGGAUUACGAUUAACACGGGAAGCUGCCAUGACUAUUGCUGGCAAAGCAGUUCGAAAGAUUUUCAUUAACUAUAUAAAGAGAGCACGUACUGCUGACAAUCGUACUGAGGCUGCAAAAGAACUAAAGAAAAUGAUUGCUUUCAAUACAUUGGUUGUGACGGAAUUGGUUGCUGACAUAAAAGGGGAACCUUCUGAAACUCAAUCAGAAGAGACUUUGAAGGAGGAAGAAAAGCAAAUUAAAGAGGAUGAGGAAUGGGAUGAUGAAGAAUGGGAGUCCCUUGAGACACUUAGAAAAAUAAAACCUAGUGAGGACCUUGCUGCAAAGAUGGGGAAGCCCGGCCAGACAGAGAUAAAUCUCAGAGAUGAUCUUCCUGAAAGAGAUCGGACUGACCUUUAUAAGACAUACUUGCUAUACUGCCUAACUGGCGAAGUGACCAGGAUUCCAUUUGGUGCUCAAAUUACUACCAAAAAGGAUGACUCGGAGUAUCUUUUGCUGAAUCAACUAGGUGGAAUUCUGGGUUUGACUGGCAAGGAAAUUGUGGAAGUUCACAGGAGCCUUGCUGAGCAGGCUUUUAGGCAACAAGCUGAGGUGAUUUUAGCCGAUGGACAGCUGACAAAAGACAGGGUUGAGAAGCUCACUGAGGUGCAGAAACAAGUUGGAUUGCCACCAGAGUAUGCACAAAAGGUAAUUAAGAGCAUUACGACUACAAAAAUGGCUGCAGCCCUUGAAACUGCUGUCAGUCGGGGAAGGCUUAAUAUAAAGCAGAUUCGAGAACUUAAGGAAGCAAGUGUUGAUUUGGACAGCAUGAUAUCUGAGAAGUUGCGAGAGAACCUGUUCAAAAAAACUGUGGAUGAAAUAUUCUCAUCAGGUACUGGAGAGUUUGAUGAAGAGGAAGUCUAUGAGAAAAUCCCUGCAGAUCUUAGCAUCAAUGCUGAGAAGUCAAAAAGCGUUGUUCAUGAACUUGCUCGGACUAGACUAUCAAACUCAUUGAUUCAGGCUGUGGCACUACUAAGGCAGAGAAAUCAUCAAGGAGUGGUUUCCACUCUUAAUGACUUACUGGCUUGUGAUAAAGCUGUACCUUCUGAACCGUUGACAUGGGAAGUACCAGAAGAGCUAGAUGAUUUAUUCACUAUCUACAUGAAAAAUGAUCCCCCACAGGAAAAGCUGUCUCGCUUGCAAUAUCUGCUGGGGAUAAGCGAUUCAGCAGCUGCAUCUCUUCGGGAGAUGAAAGAUAGAGUACUCUCAGCGGGUGCGGAGGAAGAAAAGUUUGUAUUCUGACUGCCAUAAUACGAUGGUUGCCUUGGGUUAGGUAGCCAAAAAACCUUUAUUUUCGGCCCAAUCAAAUAUUAUGGUUGUUGGAGAGAGGUUGUUUCCUAAUGUAACAUAAGAUGGUCAAUUUUGUUAGUUAGAGUAGGCUUGCACAAUGAAUUACUAUAUGAUUAUUUAUUCUGCAUUUAAUAAUAAGUGUUCUGUUUGUGGGGAA